AACAUUGUGUGAAGUGAAGAAGAGAUCAGAAGGGAGAGAGAGAGGUUGGGGGGUGGGAGGAAGAUGGAGAAAAGUGAGAAGCAAUCGGAAAAGAUUUGCAAGCGGUGCAAACAAAGCUAUAAUACGGCCUCUAAUACUUCAACAUCUUGCCGUUUCCACACUUCCUUCUUCGUUUGUCGCCGUCACGACGACCAAAAGAGGUACUACGAAUUGGGCCCAGAUGAUCCGCCCUAUGCUGCUAAAUUCUAUGACUGUUGUGGGGCUGAAGACCCUGAAGCUUCUGGCUGCACUACCAAUUUUCAUGUCUCUUAUGACGAAGACUGAUGUAAUAUCUCACAUCUAUCACAUAGUAUUGGACAAUCCACUAUCAUACUAGCCUCUUUUUCACCAUUGUAUAUGAUUUCCAAAUUCUUCAUCUAUACUUUGUUAUUCACAGCCUGAAAGUUUGAUGAUCA